AUGACGAUCGAGUCGGACGAGGAGGUCGAAGUAUCCGAUGCGGAAGACUCGGAUCUCCCCGUGCCAGUCAAGGGCAAGAAACAGCGGGCUCGCAAACCGAAGCCAGACGCGGAAGCGGAAGAGGGCGACGGCGACGAGAUCAACGCUGAUUUCGCGUUUGAUACUACUGGAGGAGGGUUUGUCGGCUUGGCGGAUCCGUGGGAUUUCCCGGAGUUGGAGGUUAGGGAUGUCGUUCAGGGCAGUAAGCCGGAACCGAUUUCUGUUAAUGAUAUUAUUGAGCGACGGCGAUUGAGGGAUGCGGGAGGGAAGAAGCGAAAGAGGGAGGAGGAGGAUGAAGAGGAAGAGGAGGGGGAUGACGAUGAAGAGGAAAAUAACUUGGACGACCACGAGGAUGAAGAGGAUGAUGAUGAAGAUGAAGAGGGUUUUGGACAAGCUGCGGUUGAUGAUGGUGAUGAUGAAAGCGAAGAAGAUCCGCUGGCUUCAUCAGACAAAGAAGAGGACAAUGAGGAGGAGGAAGAAGAUGGAGAGGAGGAUGAAGACGACGCUGCCUCUGUCGCAUCAUCCUCCGGUUCUUCUGCCCCCGAAACUGCCGCUGAAGCUUCCCGCAAAGCAGCUUACUUCGACACUCCCGACGCUGCGACUUCCACGUCUGAUGUGACGUUCCAGAGCAUGAACCUCUCUCGUCCACUGCUCAAGGCGCUCGCUAACCUCGGAUUCGAAAAACCAACACCUAUCCAGGCUGCUGCGAUCCCUGUCGCCUUGCUCGGGAAGGACGUAGUCGGUGGUGCUGUCACCGGAAGCGGCAAGACUGCAGCAUUCGUGAUCCCCAUCCUCGAACGACUGCUCUUCCGUGACAGAGGCAAGGCAGCAGCAACAACGAGGGUCGUCAUCCUCUGCCCCACCCGAGAAUUGGCUGUACAGUGUCACGCCGUUGCGACGCGUAUUGGGAGUUUCACCGACGUGCGCUUCAGCCUUGUUGUUGGUGGCCUCUCCCUCAAGGGUCAGGAGGCGGAGCUCCGUACUCGACCCGACGUGGUCAUUGCCACUCCUGGACGGCUGAUCGAUCAUCUACGCAACUCACCCAGCUUUUCGUUGGACAUGCUCGACGUGCUGAUCAUGGACGAAGCAGACCGGAUGUUGGAGGAGGGUUUCGCCGCAGAGUUGGGGGAGAUCAUCUCUGCUUGCCCAAAACAACGGCAGACGAUGCUCUUCUCUGCAACCAUGACAGAUUCUGUGGACGAGCUCAUCCGUAUGGGACUGAACAAACCUGUGCGAUUGUUUGUCGAUCCUCGGAAGAGCACUGCCAGCGGCUUGACGCAAGAGUUUGUCCGAGUAAGGGAUAAUAGAGAAGACGACCGUCCCGCCCUCCUCAUGACUCUCUGCAAGCGGACGUUCCGUACUCGGUGUAUCAUCUUCUUCCGCAGCAAAGCCUUCGCGCAUCAGAUGCGGAUCGUCUUCGGUCUCCUGGGCAUGAAAGCUGGCGAGUUGCACGGCAACCUUACUCAGGAACAACGACUUCGCGCGCUGCAGCAGUUCAAGGACGGCGAUGUCGACUUCCUCCUGGCCACCGAUCUUGCUUCGCGUGGUUUGGACAUCAGGGGUAUUGAGACGGUUAUCAAUUAUGACAUGCCUGGCCAGAUAGCGCAGUACUUGCAUCGGGUGGGUCGAACGGCACGUGCGGGGAGCAAGGGUCGCUCGGUCACUCUCGUGGGAGAGGCGGACCGGAAGAUGCUCAAGGCGGUUAUCAAGCACAGUCCUGCGGACCAGGUCAAACAUCGGCUAGUGCCUGCAGAGGCGGUGGCCAAGAUGGCGGCCAAGCUCAAGGGGUUGCACGACGAAGUGGAUGCGGUACUGAAAGAGGAGAAGGAGGAGAAGGCGUUGAGGCAGGCGGAGAUGCAGCUUAAGAAAGGAGAGAAUCUGAUCGAGCAUGAGGAAGCGAUCUUUUCCCGUCCAGCGAGAACAUGGUUCCAAACAGAGAAGGAGAAGAAGAACACGCAAGAACUUAGUAAGGAGAAGUAUGUGGGGGGAUUCGCGUCGAAUGUUAAGGAUAACAAAGAUGAGAACAAGUCUGCGGGUCCAAAACGUGACAAACUCUCUGGCCUCUCUCGCAAAGCCAAACGAAGAAAGCUGGCUAUGGAGGAGGACGUGUCGUCCAAGCGCUCCGACGCGGCUGCUAUCCGGUCUGCGAAGAAGUCCUCCAGACCGACAAAGAUUGGCUUGCCAGAACCGCGCAAACCGCAAAAACCUGGCAAGAAGGACAAGAGCAAGAAGGCGACCAAGUCGGCGUUUGAUCGUGAUAUGACACAGAAGAGUAAGCGAGAGGGUAUGCGGACUAGUUCCAAGGAUAAGGUUGGACUUGCUGGGAAAGUAGGUAAGAAAGUUGGCGGGAAGGGUGGGAAGGGCGGAAAGGGUGGGAAGAGUAGACGAUAG